CCAAAGUAGCCACAUCACCGUUUAUAAAAUGCUGCUCCGAGCUCCCGAAGCUCUACUCCAGUCGUAAGACAUUGCCAAACACAAAUACCGAUCCAGAGUGACACAGAAUGGGCAGGAAGGCGUGCAUCUCUCUUCUGAUGCUCCUCGGCGUCGCGCUUGCGCUCGCCGGCCCUGCCACCGCCGACAUGAAGGCGCCAUAUAGUAUUGACGCGGCGGUGCGGGAGCUGAUGUCGCCCCCACCGUCGUCAUCGUCGUCGAAGCUGGAGGACGGCGUUGCCCCGGAGUUCACCGCUGAUAUGGAGGUGCACCGCCGCGUCCUCGCCGGCAUCAGCCCGGGGUCCCUCAACCGCAACAGGCAGGCCUGCCUCGGGUCGUGCCCGGCGCGCGGAGGGUCGUACACCAACCGGGGAUGCCAGAGCAGGUUCCGGUGCCGUGGCUGAAUGGAACCGCAGAACGCUCUGGCCGGCGACCAACCUCUUGUACGCGCGUUCCAUAGUCGUUUAUUUUCAUUUGGCAGUGCAGUAACGUCCUUGCUAGUCUUGCUGGAACUCUCGUCUUCGGAUCGGCCUCACCACAGUAAAUGGUGUUUUCCUUUGUGUGAAACCACAUGGUCUUGUCUUUGUUUUUUCUUAACGUUGGGAUGUGCGCAUGUUAUGCAGAGGCCACGUAUUCGAA